AUGAAUGUUGAUGAAGACUACGCUCGAAAUGAAGUAGACAGUGGCAGAGCAGAUGAAAGCUCUUGGUGGCAAUCCGCCGAAUUUUCCAUGUUACAAAAAGUUUACGACGAUUGCAGUGCGCAAAAACAUUUAACAAUGUGUUUGAAGGGUAAAGCCUUAACAGCACUAACGAGGGCAGUGGAGCAGGACAACGUUCAACUGGCUGACGGUCUGACAUUGGUAAAACAAUCCGACGCACCUUCUGCGAUGGCCGAGCCUCGAUUCUUCUCUGGUAUGUCCGCAGAAGAAAAACUCGACACCAUGCUACGCAGGAAGUUCGAACAGUUGUUGAAAACGCAUUCUGUGUCGCUUGAUUUUGCAUCAGAAGGUCGAGGAAGAGGAAAGAAAGUACUUCCAUACCUUAUGCUUGGUGUCUUCACAACCUUAAGCAUAGUUGGUGGUUUGGCUCUGAAGACCUUAGCUGCCAUUGCCGGUAAAGCACUCAUUGCCAGUAAAGUUGCUUUAACAAUUGCCGGUAUUAUUGCCCUCAAAAAACUGUUUAGCCAAGAGGGGUCUACUGGUGAAACAACAUUCCAAGUUCACGCCGAUGGACAUCAUAGUCUU